AUGAAGAUUAUCAAACAGACUGUCCAGAUCAGCAGCUGCUAUCAAAUCCUGAGUGGUACCUCACCAUCUCAACCUUUUCUGAUUGAACACUGCUGUUUAAUGACACCCGGAAAUGAGUGGGAUAUGGAGGUCAAAUGUCGCCCCAUAUCGCAUGGAGCCCAAUGUGUGUCCAAUCAGAGAAACAACUGGAGAAGCCUGAUGGUGGUUUACCCCGAAGCUAAAGUCCAGCUAAAACACAAUGACAUUGAAGUCACUCUGCCAUCCCUGCAGGAGGACGUCGAGAUCGCUGCGUUCGGAAGACCAGGAAAAGAUGACAAGAAAAGAAUGCAAAUGGCGAUCUUUGCUAAACGACCAAAACAAGGAAGAGACUGGAAGAUUUGGGUUUAUCUUGUAGAUGAUACAAGUCCAGCCUUUGAGGUACAGGGUACUAAUAUGAUUGUUUAUUUUGUUUUGUUUGUUUGUUUGUUUAAAAUGUUACCACCAUAGUUUCUUUACCAUGGUUUUAUUUCAUUUUAAUUUUAUAAUCAUUUUUUUGUCACGACUUUAUCACCUUACCAUUGAUCAACCCCCUACCUCCCCCUCCCCUCCUGCCCCGCUCUAGAUAUUAGCCUCUCUUGAGGACGGCGACGGCGCUAGAGAGCUUUAUUACCACCAACCCUUGAAAUGCAAAACAAUAAAGCCAAAAGCACAAUUUAUUAACACUGACACUGUUACGAAAACUGAUUUCUACAUGUUAUUUCUCUUUCUUGUGUAACCAGAAAAUGUUUCAGGAUGAAGACGAAAAAGGAAACAAACUACUCACACCACUUGCUGGAAUAUUUGUGUCUAAAAGCGAUGAAGACAUCAAAAUUGAACUCAGUAAACUGGAGCCUGGAUGGAAAAUCAGAGGAAGCAAUGUAAAGGUGUGAAUAGGGAACUUGGUUGUUAACAGUUUGGCCUCCUUAAUGAUAUAAUAUUGAUUAAAAUCCACGCGACGUUUUAUACGCGACAGGUUUGGAUUAGUUUAGGGCUGUCAGUCUCUAGAGCGAGAGAACUCGGGCCCGAUUCUCAAGACAAUACCACUACUUAGGGUUUCUUUGUUGUUGCUGUUGUUGUUUGUUUUUCGAAAGAGGAUGCUGCCCUUUCCAAGGCUAUACUUUCGUGUAGUUUUGAUUUCCACUUACAAAAAGCAAAAAGCCAGUACCUUAAGUUGUAUGUAGCUUUUUGAUGGCAUAUAGAUCAACACUUAACCAAAGCGAGAAUUUCAUCAGUGAAAAGAAUCCCUACCUCUCUACCGUCUUAACUUCCACAACCUCUACUAGGCGGUGGAGGUCUGGGUUCUAAAGUAAUAAGAACUGGGCUUGGCUCAGACCACACCCUAAUCAACUUGCUGCUUAUAUUUAAGUAAUUAAUCAAUAAAUUGAUCACACUAAGUCAAUCUUUGUUUUUAUGUUUUCGUUUUUGCUGUUUUUGUUUCGUUUUUAAUGAUUUGCUUUUCAAUUUUCUUUUAGACAAUAAAAUCAACUCAUGCAUGGAAUUCGUCAGGAAACUCCGUAGAUUUUCCACGUUGCUAUUUCGAAAUAAGUCACGUGAAAAGUGCCAAGCAUUCAUACUUCUGUGGAAUAGAAGCUUCUCACGAAGGAGACAGUGCACAAGCAGAAGUUGUGGCGUAUUUUGAACGA